AUGCUGUAUUUAGGCGGAGCAGUCCCAGAGGGCUGGAGUCUAGGGUUUUCGCUACUGCUCCUCACAGUUUGGGAGGUGGGGAGCGCCCAGCUCCACUAUUCCAUCCCAGAGGAAGCUAAACACGGAACCUUCGUGGGCCGCAUCGCUCAGGAUCUUGAACUGCAGCUGCCAGAGUUGGUGCCGGGUCUGUUUCAAUUGGAUUCCAAGGGCUUUGGAGACCUUCUGGAGGUAAAUCUGCAGAAUGGCAUUUUGUUUGUGAAUUCUCGGAUCGAUCGGGAGGCGCUGUGCGGGAGGAGCGCGGAGUGUAGCAUCCACCUGGAGGUGAUCGUGGACCGGCCGCUGCAGGUUUUCCACGUGGAGGUGGAGGUGAGGGACAUUAAUGACAAUCCACCGGUGUUCCCAAGCACACAAAAGACUCUAUUUAUUCCGGAAUCCAGACUGCUUGACUCGCGAUUUCCACUAGAGGGCGCGUCAGAUGCAGAUGUCGGUUCCAAUGCUCUGCUGACUUACAGAUUGAGCACCAAUGAACAUUUCUCUCUGGAUGUACCACCUGACCACGAACAGGUGAAACCUCUUGGGCUUGUUUUGCGGAAACCAUUAGACAGAGAAGAAACUGCAGAGAUGCGCUUAUUGCUCACGGCCACCGACGGAGGCAAACCCGAGCUGACCGGCACCGUUCAGUUACUCAUCACAGUGCUGGACGUCAACGACAAUGCUCCGGUUUUUGACAGAUCUCUCUAUACCGUGAAAUUACCCGAGAACGUUCCAAAUGGGACGUUGGUAAUCAAAGUCAAUGCCUCAGACUUAGACGAAGGCGUGAAUGGGGACGUUAUGUACUCAUUUUCUAGUGAUAUUUCCCCAGAUAUAAAAUCCAAGUUUCACAUGGAUGCUGUGAGCGGAGAAAUUACAGUUAUAGGAGUUAUUGAUUUCGAAGAAAGUAAAGCUUACAAGAUUCCAUUAGAGGCACGUGAUAAAGGCUUCCCACCACUGAUUGGUCACUGUACAGUUCUUGUGGAAGUUGUAGAUGCUAACGACAACGCUCCACAGCUGACUGUCAAAACGCUCUGGCUUCCUGUUAAAGAAGACGCACAGGUGGGGAAAGUUGUAGCCUUGAUCAGCGUGACUGAUCUAGAUGCAGGUGCCAACGGGCAGGUGACCUGCUCCCUGACCCCUCAUGUCCCCUUCAAGCUGGUGUCCACCUUCAAGAAUUACUAUUCGCUCGUGCUGGACAGCGCCCUGGACAGAGAGACCACACCUGACUAUAAGGUGGUGGUGACAGCCCGGGAUGGGGGCUCGCCCUCGCUGUGGGCCACAGCCAGCGUGUCCGUGGAAGUGGCUGAUGUGAAUGACAACGCACCCGCGUUCGCGCAGCCCGAAUACACGGUGUUUGUGAAGGAGAACAACCCGCCUGGCGCACACAUCUUCACGGUGUCGGCCAUAGACGCAGAUGCGCAGGAGAACGCGCUGGUGUCCUACUCGCUGGUGGAGAGGCGGGUGGGCGAGCGCUCGCUAUCGAACUUCGUGUCUGUGCACGCGGAGAGCGGCAAGGUGUUCGCGCUGCAGCCUCUGGACCAUGAGGAGCUGGAGCUGCUGCAGUUCCAGGUGAGCGCGCGGGAUGCUGGUGUGCCUUCCCUGGGCAGCAAUGUGACUCUGCAGGUGUUUGUGCUGGACGAGAACGACAAUGCGCCUGUAUUGCUUGGGUCUGGGACGGGCAGUGCAGAUGGAGUGUUCAAUCAGUUGUUGCCCAGGUCUGUGGAGCCUGGUCAUGUGGUGGCGAAGGUUCGCGCUGUAGAUGCUGACUCUGGUUACAAUGCUUGGCUUUCUUAUGAACUGCAGUCGUGGCCAGGCAGUACACGCAGCCCAUUCCGUGUAGGCCUAUACACCGGCGAGAUCAGCACCACAAGGGCCCUGGACGAGGCAGAUGGGACUAGACAGCGCCUGCUGGUGCUAGUGAAGGACCAUGGUGAGCCUCAGUUAACUGCGACGGUCACCGUGCUGGUGUCUCUAGUGGAAAAUGGCCAGGUACCAAAGACCUCUUCAAGGUCCUCUGUAGGUGCUCCUGUGCCUGAAUCAUCUUUAGUGGAUGUCAACGUGUAUCUGAUCAUCGCCAUCUGCGCGGUGUCCAGUCUGUUGGUGCUCACGCUGCUGCUGUACACCAUGCUGCGCUGCUCCAUGGCGCCCACGGGGGGCGCUUGCGGGACGGGGAAACCCGUGCUGGUGUGCUCCAGUGCAGUAGGGACCUGGUCAUACUCGCAACAGAGGCGACAGAGGGUGUGCUCUGGAGAGGGUCUGCCCAAGGCCGAUCUCAUGGCCUUCAGCCCAGGUCUACCUCCGUGUCCUGGAUCUGCAGAUGGAUCCGGAGAACCAUCUGUUUCUUUAGACUCCUAUGAGAAGCCUGUAAGUGGGGAGAUAAUGUGGAUUACUAUAAAAUGCCAACUUGCCGAUUGCACCAAUGUAGACAUGAGUGAGAAGGGAACGCAUCUUAUAGUUACCAAGAACAAAGUCAGUGCCGAAAGUAUUAGCUCUAAAAGACAGAGUUGUCUUGGAUGCAAAUGA